AUGGAAGGUAAUAGCCUUCAAAGCAUUCCCGAAGCUGUGUUUUCGCUAACCAGCAUGGAGGUUCUGGUUUUAAGCGAUAAUGAAAUUGAGCAUCUUCCUCACAAUUUAUAUCAACUAGUUCACCUCAAAGAGCUUUACCUGGAUGAUAACAAACUGGCCGAGCUUCCGGAAGCGUUACAUCGGUUUCUUUCCGAACUCGACAGCCUGAAUGUAAGCAACAAUGCUAAAGCACUGACAUUAUGUAAGCACCAUGAGCCCCGCACGAAACAAGUCAGUAAGCGGAAACUAAAUGAUGUUGAUCCCAAUCCGGCGGCAGGAGAACCACUUGAAGAACUCGAAAAGUUUAACCGCAGUGUAGUUGCCGAAGAUCGCUCCAUGGUCUUUUCGGAAAUAAAUCUUAAUCAUCCCGAGGAGAAAAGAGACAUCUUUGAAGGAGGUCAUGCUUUUUUCAAUUUGAAAUCUGAAGACGCCAAACCGAGUGCUGCGGAGACAGCAAGGCGAAAAGCUCGGGCAACUAAAGCAAAUAUUCGUGAAGCAAUCCGUCCUUCCCCAAAGUGGCGCAUUUUGUACCGUGAAAUGAAGAAAGCAGGAUUUUUGCCAAAUGUUAACGUGAAGCUGCCGAAGCGCCAAAAGCAGGAAAAGCCGCCCAAGAUUGCGAAACAAGGGUCUCGUUACACUUGGAGAGGCUGGCGAGUCGAUUCUGAUUUUGAAUCUGCGGUUUCGCAGCCUGGAGUGUCACUAAGUUCCAGUUUUGAAGAUGUAAUGGAUGACUUCGGACAUCCUUUGAGCGUCACUCGACUUUUCCCCGAAGUGAAAAGAAUUGGCGGACGAAUUACACUCGACCUUAGUUGGCAAGAGCUCAAGUUUGUAUCCCCAACAGUGUGCGAGCUCGUAAAUCUAAACUCACUCAUUCUUGAUUUCAACCAAAUUGAAGAGUUACCUCUCUCCAUAGGAAACCUUUCCAGAUGCCGCAUGAUAAGUCUUAACUGCAACAAACUCGUUUCGCUUCCGGAAAACCUGCGAUUCCUUUCCAAUCUCAGGCGCUUGUAUUUAAACGGAAAUUAUCUUCGCGCGUUUCCUGACUGGCUUGAAAACUUCCAGCAGCUCACAUGUCUUUCCGUAGAAAAUAACGGAAUGUCAUUCUUUCCGGGGGAAAUCUUUUACCUGGAAAAUCUGGAAAAUCUUUCACUCGCGGGAAACAAGAUUAAAGAAUUGCCGGAGAAGAUCAAACAGCUUAAACGUCUAAGAGAAUUAUUUCUGGGACGUAAUGUGAUUGAUACCAUUCCUUACUCAAUUGCCGAAAUGGAAUGUCUGCGAGUACUGUUUCUGGACAACAAUGAGCUGAACACGAUCCCUUACCCAGUCUUGAGUUUAGUAGAGUUACAAAAAUUAAAUCUCAAUGGCAACUCCUUGAAGUCAGUUCCAGAUAAUAUCACUAAUCUUCGAAACUUGGAGGAGUUGAACCUGGGUAAGAACAGCAUCAAAUGCUUACCAUAUUGGUUUCAUCGCUUGGAGAACCUCACAGUUUUAUUUCUAAAUUGUAACGGCAUCACAAUUUUUCCUGAGGUGCUUUGCAAGUUACCCAGCCUCAUUUCGCUUGAUUUUUCUCAAAACGAGAUCACAGAGCUGCCAGAUUUUGUACGAAGUAGUAUUGGGGAAAUGACGAACUUAGAACAACUGGAAUUAUCCAACAAUCAACUCAAAAGACUUCCGGAUAGUUUCAGGAAUCUAGUCCAUCUAGAAGUUCUUCAUCUAGAAGGAAACCCUUUGAUGGAGCUUCCCAUGAGUCUGAACGAGCUCGUCAACCUCCGAAAGCUGUACAUCGAUAGAACAAUCAAAAUACCAGAAAACAUUUUUCAACUCCCCAAACUGGAAAUUUUUUGAUUUUUUUUUUCAGGGAAUUGUGGGUUGUAUGUGUGUUUAUAUGCAGAAAUGGAGUUACGCUAUUGAUGGGAAAAUGGUGACAAGAAAAACAAGAACAAACCAAUUGAAUGAAAAGCGUUUGUUGAUAUGGAGCAUGAGCUCGGUUUAAUGGAUGAUUUUAAUCGCGUUUUCAAAUGUAACUCUUCCUUAAUCUUUUCGCUAGUUCCUUGCCCUCCUUUCCUGCCUGUAGGGUGUUAGAGGAGCGUGACCAUGGAGAACAAGAGGGGAUGAUCUAGGUGUGUUCAUGUUAUGCCAUGGCACGCCUUAUUGUUUCAUUCGCAAAUUACACCACAUAGUUCACUGAUUACAAUUAUUUCAUUUGGGCAGAGAAGUUGUCAGCUAGUCAAGAAACUAGUUAGGCAACGGAGGGGGGGGGGAUAAACUUCUGAAGAAACUGUGGUACGCUCGAAACGUCAGCUUUAGAAACUCUUUACGGUGGCCAUUUUUACAUUAUCGUGCCACGGCAAGAGCGGCCAAACCGCGGCAAACCUAUCCCCACCCCUCUCAAAUCAUCCCGCGGGCAAAGAAACGCGCGUCCCUGCAUCGCAAAUAGAGAGGGCCUGGUCGAAAGUUACUCGAUAAAAGGUUUGACCAUUUGCACUUCUGAAUUGGGAUUAAAUGAUCCUGUGUGUGUGUGUGUGUAUUAUUCAAACUGAUUUCCACUCAUUUUCUUUUAAAGAAGCAUAUAUUAAAAAAAAAUUAUUGAAUAGGAAUUAAUUCAUUCUUGUUUGGCUUUUUCCCUCUUUUCCUCUUUUAUUACCAUUUUCAAAUGUUUUUUUACCAUUUUUUUAUGAAAACGUCAAAUGUAUCUCUCUGAAAGAACUGAGAUUUCAGAAUACCGCCCAGAAAAGUCUUUGGCAGUCAAAUACUCGUUCCUGUAAAGGAGCACACGAACCUCGGUAUAUGAAUCGUCAAACAAACAGGCCGCGUCGAAAGAACUGUAGAACAAAGAAUUUCAAGUAAGGAGAAUGUACGACUCCAUCCCGCACAUCCCAUAUGUAGUCUAAACAGGACAAAACUGAUGAGAGGUGACAUCGAUCACAUUACUUAUGUUUCUUUUUACGCCAGGAUCAGACUUAAUCUGGUCUCAAACAGUCUCGGAAUUUCUUCCUUUUCAGCAGCUGUUUGAUUGAACAAUGUGACUGCUGACCACUAUUUUGCAGGUUUUGAAUCGAGAAUAAAAAGGAAUACUAUAUAAGCAAUUCUUUUCGAACCAAUCUGGGGGAAAACUGCACCCUCCUUGUCAAUUAGAUAAAGCUCGCUAGGAAGAAUUAACUGUAAAUCUCGACAAAAAAAGGAAGAUCAAAGGUUAGCUGCAGUUAUUCACCACAAAGUUCGAUUUGGAAAACAUAUCGUUUAGUUAAUAAUAGGUGAGUGGGAGGGAUGCUGCAUCUUAAAUCAACACCUUUGCCUAACCCGCUUAACUCUAUGAAAUGCCAAAAGGGAAUUUUUAAACAAUUCUUAGCGCUUGGCUUUAGUUGAAUUUUUUUCCCCGUAAGGUCUUCCUCAAUUUAUCUUUUAGAAAACAAGAAAAAAAAAGCGUUCGUUUUAGAACUCGGACUUUUAAAGGAGGCUAAUUAAGCCAGCUGGUUUAUUAUGAUCUCGUUGCAUAAAAUCUACAUAAUUUUAAAGAGAGUUGAUUUAACAAAUGUCACUAAGGCAACUUGGAUCCAUGUUUAUUUUCUUUUCACUGCUGUUAUCAGAUAACAAUAGCGCGCAUUUUUUCGGUUUGUAAAGACAAGAAUACUCGAAUAUAAACAAUACUUAUGGAAAUUACCUGUCUUCCGGCGAGUAGAUCGCUUGCGAACUUUACUGUUGCGCUGUCUGUUGGCACUACAAACAAGACAGUUGACCUCCGUAAAAUAUAAGAUCUCUAUUCCAAUUUGUGUGCUCUAAGACAAAACUCGCAUUGACAAUAUGAAGUAUUAAACAUAUUUCAUUUUUCAAGUUCAUAUGGGAGCGAACCUGAAAAAGCUUUUUUUUUUUCGGAAACAUGUCUAGGCAAAAGCGAAAGAUGUCACACGUGGCUACAGAGGAAUGUUUAUGUUCCGACACGAUAAGGGUUCCUACAUUUAAAUCGCCCAAAAAUAGGAGCAUCUGUAUAGUGCCAUGGUUGAAGAGGAACACUCUUAGCAUGUCCAAAUUUAGGCAAUUUGUACGAAGUUAAUAUUUAAUGCCCCUCUCUGGUAAAGCGCAAUAUUCAACGUAACUGGAAACGCUGAAACAAUCGGGAAAACACCUUCAGGGAUACAAUUCGUUGCCCAAAUUUGGUUGGGGAUAAGUAUCAUGUUGAUUUUCAUCCAAUAGCAGUGUUUCUUAUCAAAAGGGAAGAGUGCUGUGGUCUAUAACACGGCACGGCCCACUCUCUAUCAGUUUCGUCCUCUUCCGAUUGAGAGUCGUAGUUGUUCCUUGUUCUACAUUUUUUAAAUUAAAAUUCUUGAACUGUGCUCCACUUCACAAUGACAGAACCUCAUCUUUCUCCAGAAGAACUUGCUGAGAUUCGCGAGUCUUUCGACCAGGUGAGCUUUAUUCUCUCAUUAAUACGACGUCCAAGUCGUGCUCUUGGUUCUCCGUAAUUUUUUACCAAUGGCUGGUUAACCCUUGGACAUUACUUCAUAAUUUGCCUGAAAAUCGAAUUUUUUAUUGAAUAAAUCGCGCAUUAUACUUUAUGGAAGAAAAUUGCACGAGAAUGGGAUCUGUAAAUGCCGAUUUUUGGUUCCGCAAAUUUCUUCUACCAUAAUAUUGUGUGUAACUUUCGAAGCUUUGCCUGAGAUUAGUGUCGGUGACAGCAAUAUUAACUUCGACUUCUGUCUUCUUCAUCAAAGUUCGAUUUAGAUAAAAAUGGCCAUAUCACGACUUCUGAAAUUGGAGAAGUGAUGAAAGCUCUUGGCGAAAGUAUACCCGGCUACAAGAUACGAGACAUCAUUAAAGAAGUGGAUAUAAACGAAAACGGGACUGUCGAAUUUACAGAAUUCUUGGAGGUAAGCGAUCAAUUUUUUUUGUUGAAUAUCGGAAGUGGAAGCUCGAGUAUGUGCAUUUGGUCGCCAUGAAAUACCAAAGUUUGUUUUACCUUCCGAAGUGUUACACUUCUAAUCAACGUUCUAAUGGUUGGGAGUAAUUACUUCUGCAACAUAUUUCGCAUGUAAAUUUACAAGUUAUAGAUAAUUAACUGCAUUUUAGAGAAGAUUACGUUUGUAUUCAGUAAUCUUCAUUCGAAGGCAUGAAUUACUCUCGGUGAAAACGAAAUUGUUGUGGGUUUUGCUUCAUCGCACAUGACUGGCAGACUUCAAAUUCUGAUUCCUUAAUGGUCAACCCUCAGAAAUGCAAUUAAUCGCCAGAUCCGUGUCAAAAGCUAACAAUGAUGUUAAUUUGCUUUGGUUUUUUUUUCGUUCGUGGAAAGCCCAUAUUCAUUCUGAAUUCAAAAUAGAGUCAAACUUUUAAGAAAACAUUCUUUACAUUGAUCUUCUGGAAAAGUUUUGUCUUUACACCUGUCAUGGGAGUCCAGGUGUGACCUCUGUUCUCUUCAAGUGAAGUUUCAGAUCCGUCUUCUCCUUACAUCACUAGUCAGGAUAUAAGUCAAUUGUAGUGACAAUAAACGCAAUUAAAAAAAAAAGGGUUGAGAGUCAACUCCAAUUUUCUGCCAAAUAUUCUCAUGUAGUAUAAAGCACACAGGUGAAUGGUGCUUUUUGUGCAUGCUGAUUGGCUAUGUUGGAGGUGAUUAGCAGAGAAGAGUCAAAAUUGUACCUCAAAACUUCAAUUUCUGACCAUUUUGUGAUAUAUACAGACAGAAGAAAAUUGAUUUUUUCAGUUUCAGUGUAGUUCAUAUAUAUACCAAAACAGUUAUUCACUUUGGUGUUGGUGAAAGUCAUGGAAAUUUACCUUUACAUUUGGUGGAUAACUGUUAAUGAUUGAGUAGAUCACAGAUUUGUCAGUUACCUGAAGUCCAUUCUUUGCAAGGCUUUUGAGACAGGAAUUUUCAAUUGAAUGUCCAAAGAAAUCAAAUAUUGAACCAGAUUGGUAUGUUUUGUUUCUAUUGGCUGAUGUAAUAGUUUUUAUUAUUGGGGUUUGAAACAAUCAACUGAAGAGUGCCCAGUUAGAAUGGAGGAUUACUGAUCAACUUUUGGGAAUUGUAGGGUAACUAACUUAACUGUUUAAUUCCCAAGAUCACAUUAGUAAUUCUCCUUACUGUCUGCCAAAUGAUUAUCAUUAUGUUAGUUUGGAGAAUUUGAUAUUGGAUCGAUUAGUAAUACCACAAUUGACAGUUUACUUUAUUCUCAUCACUUGUCUGAAUAAUAUUGUAUAGAUAUAGUAAGGAGAAAUUCUUUCUUGGUCACUCACGGGAGUUAAAGGGUUAAUAAUAACCACUUCACCCUUUAAACCCCCCAAGAGUGAUUAGCAUCUAAUUUCUCCUUAGAAUAUUGCCCUGAAUCAAACAUUUAGGUCAUGAGUAUCAAUGAAAUGAUCACUAGAAAAGAAGCCCUUGAUUGUUUGACAAAUUCUCCUUAUCAGAACCUUAGGAAAUGUAUAGAGAACAGUAUGGAGAAUGUGCAUGCUGAUGUUAUGGUGUAAAGAGUUAAACAAAAAAUUUUCAUGGCCUCUGCUUUGAAAUUUUUACCUGUAAUAGUACUGCAAGGGUGUAAAAAUUCCACCUAUUUUUUCACCCAGAUUUACAAGAAAAACAGCAAGAAAUUUUCAGCAGGCACAGAAUUCAAGAAACUUAUAAAGAAAACAGAGAAAGUAGAGAUUUCAGGAGGGACAUCUGAAAGUUCUGCUGAAGGCACCAAGCAUACAUUAGCAGAGGCUGAAAAGGUAGCAUUUGUCGACUGGAUCAACACUGCCCUGCAAGAUGAUGCAGAGGCAAAGGCUUACUUGCCAAUGGAUCCUGCAACCCAAGACUUGUUUGUUAAGAUCAAUGAUGGAAUCAUUCUUUGGUGAGUAAUGUUGUUAAGUACAUUAACUCUCCUGUGACAUGCUGCUUCACCUUGUAAGAUGCUCUCCUUGAUAAGGGAGGAAAAUGUUGUGUUACAAACUGGUAUGACUACUGAAAUGAGACUAGUUAUGUCAUUCAGGUUUUUUUUUCAAUCUCUCCAGUGUAUGAUCCACUAAAGAACAAGGUAUCAAUACAAUGAAGCAAUCAUUUAUUAACCCUUUAUGUCCCACUAGUGACCCAGACAGAAUUUCUCCUUACAUUAUCAGUAUGAUAUCAAGCAAACAAGUAAUGAGAGUAAAGAAAAAUAUCAAUUAGGGGAUUAUUGGUUGAUCCAAUUCCAUAUUCUCCAAACUAUCAUCACAUAAAUUGUAUGGCAGACAGUAAGGAGAAUUACUCAUGAAAUCUUGGGAGUUAAAGGGUUAAAGUGAUAAUCUUUUGAUGAAAUUUUGGUUGAUUUGAAUUCGAAGAACUUAGUCAUUAAAAGGCUAAUUUGUUGGUUGGAGUUCUUAGUUUCUUUCUCGUGUAAAACUGUGAGCAGUAAUCUUAGAAAUGAUGAAAGCAAGCCAUCUCUAUUAGGGCUACUGAGUAAUUAUUGUAAGCAACAAUCUAGCUAAAUAUCAAUUUAGUACCAAAAUGAGUUUUAAAGAAAAUGAAGAAAACAUAAUCUGUUGAAAAUUUUUUUAUAUGAGGGUUUAAAUGAAAUGCAUGGUGAAGGUGGUACCUUCUAUACUAAUAACACCUUGAAGAAAAAUGAAACCAAUGCAGUCUUUAAUCCUAAAAUCAAUAUGCAUCUUCUUCAUACUGUUCACCAUGUACUUUCUAAGGUUCUGACAAGGAUAAUUUUUUAAAUGAUCCACAGCUUUAUUGGUUGGUUAUCAGUUCCCUCACUCUGAUGACCUCGAAGGUGUUAAUGUGAUUAGGGGUGAUAUUGUAAGUAGGAAUUAGACUCCAGUCACUCUUUGGGGUCAAUUGGUUGAGUAUUCUAAACACUUGGUUGAACAUUGUUCCAAUGGAAGCUCUUUUUAUUUUCAGUAAAAUGAUCAAUUUGUCCGUACCUGACACGGUUGAUGAACGUGCCAUUAACAAACCAAAGGGAGGAAAAUUGACCAUUUUUAAGAUUCAUGAAAAUAUGACGCUGGCUCUGAAUUCUGCGCGAUCCAUUGGUUGCAACAUUGUUAACAUUGGAGCAGAAGAUCUUGAGAAAGGAAAGCCUCAUCUUGUACUGGGUUUGCUGUGGCAGAUCAUUAGAGUAAGUGUGUGGGUUUGCUGUGUAGUGUCUGUAAUUUAUAUUUCUAUUGUGCAAAGCUAAGCAUUCUUGUUUUUCAUUAUUAAGCGCCUGUUACUGGAAUGUAAUAAUGUUCUUGAGCUGAUCUCUUAACUCUUUAAUCCCAAGAUACAAUUGUUAAUUCUCCCCUUAAGCUGCUACACAUUUGUAAAAUUAAAUUAUUCAUGAGAAUUUAGUGUAAGAUCACAACCUCUACCUGAUAAGUUUGAGUAUUCUCAUUACCUGGAAGUUAAAGGGUUAAAACUAUCACCUGGGCUAGUUUUGUUGUACAAUUUACAUGCUUUUUUGUAACAUGUAUCAAGAAGUAACAUUCGUGGAUAAAGGGGACUUUGACUCAUAAAAUGACUUAAGGUCACCAAAUGUCAGCUUUGAAAAAGUUGAGCUUGAAGCUUGGGGUAAUUCAUUGUGCUUUGCAAGGUUAUUAACAGGAGAAUCUGUUCUGAUAUUGAUACAAUGAGUUCAGCUUACAGCCCAAGUUGCAAGUCCCUUCUUCUUGAAUCUAUCAAUAACAAUGACUUUAUUGAUUCAAAAAAUUAGAUUGGUUUGUUUGCAAACAUCACACUGACAAAUGUACCUGGCUUGGCCCGUCUGCUAAAGGAGGGAGAGACACUGAAAGACCUGAUGGCUCUCUCGCCUGAAGAAAUCUUGUUAAGAUGGUUUAACUACCAUUUGGAAAAAGCAGGCCACCAUAGACGAGUGAAAAACUUUAGUGAGGACAUCAAGGUAAUGCCAUAUGAAAUUUAUUGAUCUCAUUUAUUGCAAGUGUUGACCUUUACAUGAGAGCCAUUUUUGAUGUUUUCAACACAUAAAUGAGUGUUUGACUUUCUCUUACUUCUGUAACUUCCUUUCUUUGCUUUGUAGGACUCUGAAUGUUACUCAGUCUUACUGAAACAGAUCACUCCUUCCGAGGUUUUUGUUGACAAUAGACCAAUGAGUGUAAGUUAUUUACUGAUAAAAUGUAGAAUGAGUUUACUUGUCAAUAAAAGAGUGCUAGUGAAGCUUAAAUUUUUAUUAAGCUUUUUUCUGACUUAAUUGUAGGAAAAAGAUCAUAACAAGAGAGCUGAAAAAAUGCUGCAAAUGGCGGAUCGAAUCGGCUGUCGAAAGUUUGUGCGAGCAAAGGUAAGAUGUUUGAUUAUGUUGAAAGUUUAAUUUACUUUAAUUCAAAUGGGGAAAGAUGGCAGACCAGGCACAGGUUUGGCUAGGUGUUGGCCCUUAUUGACAGCUCUGAGUUCUGUAAGGAAAAUUAUUCAAGGUCAUUUAUUCAGUUAUUAAUUUCAUUUCAAACUGAUACUGAUGUAAAGGUGUGAUCUGAAAGCUGGUAAUGACCCUUGGAUACUGUAGGUACAUUUACAUUUUGGUCACCAUCUGCAUUGGGUUGGAGAUGUGUGUGCAGGUGUACUGAAAGCCUAAAUUUAAAGUGCUUAAUUUAAAGCUAAAUUUGAAUCUUUGGAGGGGCAGCUUUGGGGUCAGAUGGCAAUCCCUGUCAAAGAUACUGACCCAUAUCAACAUGUCAUUCCCUUAGGAUGUUGUAGCAGGUAACUCCAAGUUGAACAUGGCCUUUGUUGCAAACUUGUUUAACUGUUACCCUGCCCUGCCUCCAAUGGAUGCUGAGGAGACUGAGGAACUUGAAGAACUACGUGAGGAAACAAGAGAAGAAAGAAGUAUGUGAAAUUUAUUUUAAGUGUCUGUAGUGUGUUAUGGCAUUUUUGAGAGCUUUUGUGUCCUUCUGCUGAUAGAUGUACAAUGUACAGGUGUACAUACACAUAUACACCUGUAUCUUCAGGGUGCACUGUAGGAUAAUGAAAUUUAUUUAAUCAUCUGAAAUUAAUUAUAAUUGUGAUUUGAUGUAAAAAUGAAGUUAUUAAUUAACCCUUUAACUUCUAGAGGUGAUUAACAUGUCACUUCUCCCUACAAUAUACACAAACUAUCCAGCACACAGGUAAAGAGAAUACUCAAACUUAUCAGGUAUUGGUUAUUAUAUUGAUGUAGCACUAGGUUCUCUCAGCUAAUGAGCAUGGGAAUGUGUUGCAGCUUGAGAGGAGAAUUAACAAUUAGAUCUUGGGAGUUAAGAGGUUAAAUGUGAUGAUCUAUUUACAGCCUUCCGUAACUGGAUGAACAGCAUUGGUGUAAAUCCCUAUGUGAACAAUCUUUACAGGGAUCUUUGCAAUGGAUUAGUUUUGUUACAGGUUAGUUUUGAAGUUUGUAUUUCUCUUAAAUUUAGUGAAACAUUCUGUCUUUGGCUGCCAUUCUGGUGCACUUGUGAUCCUACUUGCUUUUUACACAAGCAUUGCUUUUGAAAAGAUAAUAUUACGUUUAAUGACCUGCACGAGAGCAAUUAGGAUAAUAGUGCUUUUUGAUUAUGGGUUGUCAAAGCAAAACCAAAGUAAUACCAACAGCUAUUCAGAGAAAGAAAAAUAACCUUGAGAACCAAUUCAAACUCAGAGUAAAAACAAACCAACUGCCUUAAGUGCAGGAAAAUGCAGGUGACCAAGUUGUGAUUGGGUCAGUAUGGCAUCUGACUGGUUGAGAUGGUGGUGCAAGUUGUGUGGACCAAUCACAGAGCAAAGUAAAAAAUACCAAAGCAAUCCAAGAUUACUUUUGACAAUUAACUGAAAACUGCCCUGUGUUAUGCGUGGAUCUGCAGUCAGUUUACAUUUUGUCACUUUUUCCAGCUGUAUGAUAUCGUGAAGCCAGGAAGUGUCGAUUGGGACAAAGUCAACCGUCCUCCAUUCAAACAGAUGGGUGGUAAAAUGAAGCAAUUAGAAAACUGUAACUAUGCUGUUGAAGUUGGAAAGACAUUUAAGUUUUCACUGGUUGGGAUUGGGGGUCAAGAUAUUCAUGACUGCAACGAGACCCUAACUCUUGGUAAGACUAAAUUUAAGUCAAGAAAUAACCAUUCUUUUUUGAAGCCAUACGUAGGCUAGCAGUGUUUCACUUAAAAUAGGAAGCGAGUUGAAAUAGAUUUUAUCUUAAGCUGUUGCAAAAAUCUCCCAGAUAAGUCCUCCUGAUAAAAAGUUCGCAUUUUAGCCCAGUUUUUGGACAGGGGGACUUUAAAAAAACCAACUUGUUUAAUUUUUCCUCCUGCAUUGCCCACACUGCCUGGUGAUUUUUUUCUUUUCAAACAUUACAUUACUUUCCCCGUUUUGAAUCAAGUCCUCUUUGCCAACCAAUUUUUAUUCACUCUUGUUUCUGUUAUAAAAAGUUCUUCAAUGUUUGAUGGUAUGUCAAGGGCCAUUGUUGUUGUUCCCCAAGAAAAAAUGAUCGUAUAUCCUGAUCACGAUGAGAGUAUUCUCGAGAAGAACUUCUCUCGCUUCCCGCCAUGAUCACUACAACUUUAGCAGAAGAAACAGAAGGACAAACAACUGUUCACUUGUCUCUGAUGAUGACUUCCGAUAUAGUUGUCGUAACGUCAGUUAUUGCUACAGACAUCAGUAAAUUUCGGGACUUCUCCCACCCGGACCAUCAAACAGCACGACCGAAUGAUACCCCAGGAUUCAGACCAUUUGCUUAAUUAAGAAGAAAAGUGUUUUGCAUUUAAAUCGAAAAAAAAAUCACAUUACUUUGUUACUUCACUUUACACGGGAAGUCCGAUCAGGCCAAAAAACCAUCCCCACCCACCCACCCACUCCCCCUCGUAGAUGCCAAAGAAAUCACAACUCACCCACCCAUUCUAGGUCAAUUUCCUAGUCCCGUUACUCGUCUUGUUUUGCAUUAAUUGACGAUAAGCCUUGUUUUGAUAGCCGUUGUGUGGCAGCAGAUGAGAGCGUACACCCUUGCCUUGCUCUCAAAGUUGACAGAAGACGGGAAAAAGAUUGAGGAUAAAGACAUUGUUGACUGGGUGAAUGAAAAAGUAAGUGAAAAAGACGGAACACUUCGACCGUGUGUCGUGCUUUAGAAGUGCGUCAAUCAUUUGAAGCUAUUCCAUACGAAAAGAAAUUCCAUCACAAAUUAAAGAUAAUGAUAAUGAUAAUUCGUUUCUCCGUACUAAUCGCGCUCGGGUCUUCAUGUUAGCGCUGCAGGACGCACCUUUUUCCGCCCUCGGAAGAUUUGAGACAAGUCUGUAAGAGGUUUCCCGAGGGCCUGGUACUCAGUGCUAAAUCUCUUGCAAAUCUCUUGCAAAUCUCUUGCUGGCUCACGUUGCUCGAGGGCUCAUACUUUCCCGCGGGCAAAGAAACGCUCAUGCCUAAACACCAAUGGUGAGGGCCUGGUGAUGAGGGCCUGGUCGCAAGUUAGCUCGGGUCAUAAUUUGAAGGGAAAAAGGGAUAGGCUGGCCGUACUUUAUCCUACGGACCUCGAACUUGCUUAGAACUGAAGAGGUAUUUACUUGUGAUCUGUGAAUUAUGUUUAGUUAAAAGAAGCAAACAAAACAAGCAGCAUCGCAAGCUUCCAGGAUCCCAACAUCAGCACCAGCCUGCCAGUUCUGGAUCUUGUUGACGCCAUCAAACCUGGAAUGGUGGAAUAUGACAUGGUAUCUGCAGGAGGAACUGUCGAGGUGGGUAAUUACUUGAAACAUUCAAAACAUGCUCCGUGAGAAAUUGUUUAAGCUAAACACGAGUUAAUGGGUAGUUGGGUCCUUGUGGGAGUAAUGGUAUUGUGAUUCAGUGCCACCUUUUCUGGUGAAUAUUCUACAAGAUGGUGAAAUUUAAAUGUUUUCCCUUUCUGUCAUGUGUCUCAGGAGAAACAGGAGAAUGCCAAAUACGCUUUGAGCGUCGCCCGAAAGAUUGGUGCCACGACCUACGCCCUUCCCGACGAUCUGGUUGAAGUGAAACCCAAAAUGGUGCUGACAGUUUUUGCUUGUCUCAUGGCUACCUCGUUGGCGUUGAAAUAGACUUAAACACAAACCCAAAGUCCUAAUUAUUCUUGUUUCCUAGCGCAAUUGAAAUUCAAUAAUUUCUUUUUUAAUUUACAAAAAGAUAUGUGAGUGUAAGGUAAAUACUGUUGAGUUGUAAAACAUUGAGUUGAACACAAGGGAUUACGGUGACCACACGCCAAGUAAACUUUCGAGAUAAUAAAAAAAAAUUGUAGGCAUAUAAAUGCGCAAAAUUAUUUAAUUUAGACACGGUUAUUUAGUUUGCAAGAAACUUUUUUAAUAGAAAGCAGUCUAAGUAUUGAUAAUUUUGUCCGCUCGGGGAGAUCUUUUUCCGCCCCUUGGGUUCAUUCAAUGGAAUCAAGUUGUUCAAACAAGUGUUUAAGUUGUGUUCGAGAGUAAAGUUUUCUUUACUUUCGCACCAAUAAUUUUGGGGGCCUGGUGAGAUGAAAUUCCUAGAUCAGUGGUCGCUUUUUAUAUAAUAUUGGUGAGAUGCGUAGAGGCGUAUGAUAAAUUGAACAAUAUUGUUAACUUUACAUAAUUAAGACAUUUUCUAUCUAAUAGGUAAUUGAGUCUUCUCUUUGAAUUUCUAAACUUUGUAAAUCAAUUUUUGUAUUGUAUAGCGUGUGGUUCUCGUCCCUUGAUAGCCUA